GUAAUGUAUUCUUUGGAUUUUUUCGUCUUCUGAUAUUAUAACUUUGUAAAUGAGCAACUUCAAAGCAAUGGAUCGAGCCCAGAAAGGUUCUGAAAUUGAAAAUUUUAAUAAUAAUAAUAACACCCAUCUGUGUAGAAAGGAUGCAUUGGCGACGAGUUGUGUUAUGUCGCGUGGAGAUGAUCAGAACAGUUUCACGGCAUUCAAAACACCCAUCUGCUGCGUCAACAAAGAAACCGAAACGAAUAUCAUUGGAAAAAACGAGCAGAAGACUAUAAUGAGGGCUGUCGUCAAGCAAGGGAAGCGUUACAGAGGAGUGAGACUGAGGCCCUGGGGUAAAUGGGCCGCAGAAAUCAGGGACCCAAAAAAGGCUGUUCGGGUAUGGCUCGGCACUUUCGCCACAGCGGAAGAUGCAGCCAAAGCUUACGAUGAUGCUGCUUUCAAAUUCAGGGGUACAAGGGCCAAAUUGAACUUUCCAGAGCGAGCAUCCCUUUCCCACCAUAAUAAUAAAAAUAAUAAUGCUGGUGUGAAAUCAAAUAAUAAAAAUGUUUGCGUUGCUUGUACUGUAGAGAUUCCAGCUGCACCCUCAAUAUUAACAGAUUCCUCUUUCACACCCACUUGUGAAAUGCAAAGCACAGGUGCAAUGUCUAACUUGGUUUCUUCCUCACCAUCUUCAUCUCCAAUUGCCGACUUUUGUGGGAAUACGGAACUCGUACAGAAUGAGAAGAGUGAUUGUUAUCUUCCUUAUGAUGUAGCCCAGCGCUGUACUGGAUUUACAAGGCAGCAGCAACAGCACUUAGCUGCAUGGUUCACCCAUAACAAGCUAAGGAAAAAUAUAUCAACAACAGAUGCUUUUUUGGCCAGGUCACAUCUUAGCAGUGUGUAAUAGAAACAGAUAUGAACAUCUUAGAAGAUGUUUCUUCGGUGAAAGCAAACAUGGAAAAUAUACAAUAAAUAUUACAGGGUAAUAAAUUAAAUUUAUAGGAAAAUAAAUA